AUGGGCAGGAAAGCGAAGAAAAGCGACCUUGGACGAGCUCUGACGCGAAGGCGGCAACGGGACAAGGAAGCUGCUAAGCAUGUAGGCGACAAAAAUUUGCUCCACUCGGGCCCUAGUGUGUAUGAAGACCAAGGAAACCUCCAGUCUGUGCUCGAUGCCACUGACUUGGAAGAGUUCAUGCUCAACGCGACCAUGGCCAAUGAAGAUUUUAUUGCAGAGCGAUAUCCACAACCCCUUGCACCUCAGACUGUGGUGAUGACUCCGCUUCACCAAAACACGGCCUCGGCGAGUCAUAAUGCGGAGAAAAGGAAGCUCCUCGACAAAACGGUAUUGAGAAUACCACGCAGGCCACCUUGGGACUCAACUACGACGCCAGCUGUGUUGUUGGCAAAAGAAAUGGACACGUUUUUGAGGUGGAGGAGAAAAAUCGCCACGCUUGAGGAAGAAAACAGGCUCUCUUCAUCCGUCGCUGGCCCCAUGAUGACUCCAUUUGAAAAGAACAUUGAAGUUUGGAGACAGCUUUGGCGUGUCGUCGAGCGCUCAGACGUGGUUGUGCAGAUUGUGGAUGCGAGAAACCCGCUUUUGUAUUACUGCGAGGAUAUGUACCGGUAUGUAACUACCGAGAUGGGCCGUUCACAUCUGCUCUUGCUCAACAAGUCUGAUCUUCUCUCAAACCAAAUGAUCGAUCGCUGGGAAGCCUACUUCAAGGCUCAGGGCAUGGAUGUUAUCUUCUUUUCCGCAUUCAAAGCUAGCGUAAAUGAACCUGUAAGCGAUUCGCGAGUCGUUGGUGUUCACGACCUCAUUGAAAAGUUGCAGAGUUUUGAGCACAAGGCCCCAAUCACACAACCGAAUCAAAGGCUCGUCGUGGGGAUGUGUGGCUACCCAAACGUUGGAAAAUCCUCCACGAUCAACGUUCUUGUUGAAUUUAUCGCCAGCAGUGAAGCGAAAGAGGAUUCCCAGGGACAUACACAGCACAAUGGUGACAUGCAAUCAUCUGCUAGUACCGAGGAAAUGGAAGGCGCCGAAGCUGGUUCAAAGCAGGCCAAGCGAGUGGCAGUUUCCUCUACUCCGGGUAAAACAAAACAUUUCCAAACGCUUGUCUUGACGGAGAAAGUGCUAUUAUGCGAUUGUCCUGGGCUUGUGUUUCCCAAUUUCUCGUCUUCAAAGUCAGAGCUGAUCUGUGCGGGGGUGCUGUCUAUUGAUCAGAUGCGUGGCGACUACCUGGUUCCUGUAUCACUUAUUGCUGCCCGAAUCCCAGCAUCCAUCUUUGAAGGCGUAUAUGGUAUUAGGUUUCCGGUAUUGGUUGACGGGGUUUACACCGACACGGAUGCCCUGUUGCGUGCCGCUCCAGGUUAUGUUUCGGCCACGAUGCUUCUCGACACUCACGCACGAGCGCGCGGGUUCAUGAGCGACCAUAACAAGCCCGAUCAGAGCCGAUCGACGCGUGUAUUGCUAAAAGAUUAUGUGAACGGGCGGAUUAUCUUUGCUCACGCACCGCCUCCGCGAGACGUUGCGGACGGGGAAAGCGGUAUCGGGCCGGGAGUACACGCUAAGAAGGGAGCAUUGGUGCACCAACGACAGGAAGCGGCGCAGGUCGCUUUAGCGAGUACGGGAGCGAGCAGCAACGCGCCUGUAAAGGGGGCACAUGCAAUGUCCAAGAGGCUGGUAGGCCGGGAUGGUGGGUCAGACGUGGUGAGGGCGCGGGUGAGCGGGUCGAAGAAACACGAGCAUCAAGAAUUCACGCGAGUGCAACGCAGCUACUACCCCCCUGUUUGA